ACGUCUGAACGGACAAAUGAUAUAUUCAUAAAAAUGACCUCUCACUUACUCUCCUCCAUAUGCAUCUUAGGACGAACAAAUGACCUUUAAGUCUCCUCCCUCAUCCUGAUCACUCCGUGUGAAGCAGGCAAACAUGGAACCCGAGGCGGUGAUCUCUCCCUCAUCUCCGGUUGCCUCAGUAGCUCUCGUAGUAGGCGUCACCGGUAUGGCUGGCUUAAGCCUCGCCCAAGCCCUCAGGAGCCCCACCGCUCUCGGUGGGCAUUGGAAGGUCUACGGCGCCGCUCGCCGCCCCAUGCCCUCCUGGUUUCCCUUCUCCGCCGUCGACCACUACAUAAACUUCGACGCCGCCGACCUCAACGACACCCGCCGCCACCUCUCCCCCAUCUCCGCCGACGUCACCCACCUCUUCUGGGUCGCCCUCCAAGUCCGCGACUCCGAAGAGUCUAACACCGCCGUUAACCGAUCCAUGCUCUCCAACGUCCUCCACGUCCUCGGAUCGGCCCCGGAUGCCCGGCUCCGCCACGUCACCCUCCAAACCGGGACCAAGCACUACAUGGGCCCCAUCUUCGACCCGACCCACUCGGCCAGCCUCGCCCACGUCCCCCCGGACCCUCCGUUCCGGGAAGACUCCCCUCGGCUGCCUUUCCCCAACUUCUACUACGCGCUGGAGGACCUCCUGGCCUCCCACGCGCCGCGGUUGACGUACUCCGUGCACCGCGCUUCCAUCAUCUUGGGCGCAUCCUCAAGGAGCGCAUACAACACACUGCUAACGUUGGCUGUGUACGCCGCCGUGUGCCGCCUCGAGGGGCUGCCGUUUCGGUUUCCCGGGACGAGGUACACGUGGGAGCAUUUCUGCGACGCGACAGACGUGCGCGUGCUGGCGGAGCAGCACGUAUGGGCGGCGGUGACGGAGGAGGCUAAGAACCAGGCGUUUAAUUGCACAAACGGCGACGUUUUUACGUGGAAGAGCAUGUGGAAGGUGCUAAGUGAGGUGUUUGGCGUAGGGUAUGUGCCCUACGAGGAAGGGGAGGAGUUUGAUAUCGUGGGGCUGAUGGAGGGGAAAGGAAAAGUGUGGGACGCCAUAGUGGAAGAGCAUGGGCUUUACCCGACCCGAUUGGAGGAGAUAACCUGUUUCGGUGCCCUUAAACAUGUUCUGCAUUUUGAGUUUCAGCAUGUUUCGAGUAUGAACAAGAGCCGAGAUUUUGGGUUUUUCGGGCAUGCGGAUUCGCUCAAGAGCAUCGGGCCGUGGGUAGAGACGUUAAGACAAAUGAAGAUAAUACCAUAAAACUACUCUCAAUCCUGCUUUACCUCACGAAGCCUGUAAUUUUCAGUAUUCUUUGAAGUUAUAUCUCUGCUGUUCUUUACAUAUAUUUAAAAUAAAAAUAAAAAAAAUCACCUGAAGUUAUUUCGUCUAACAAAACGACGUCAUGUAAGUAUGUAUGUUAAGUUAAUGUAUCGAGUAUGUGAACUACUGAAGCUUUUGAAAUAAAAGUUGUGAUAUCAAAUUUGACUUAA